AUGACAACUGUCGAAGAUAAAAACUUUGCAAUUGAAGAGUAUAAGAAAGCUGAGCAAAAUUUGAAGCAAUUCAAGGAAGGGAAAGAACAGGAGAUGUUAUACGAGUUGAAGAAUAAGUUGAGGAACGAAGAACAGAAGAAUGAUUGGGAAAAGGAAAGGGGCAGGUUAGAAAAAGAAAAAGAGAUGUUAUUAAAGAGUAAAGAAAUCCACGUUAUUGAAGCGUUAAGAGAAUGUAAAGAAGGAGAAAGUAAUUAUAAACGUAAAGCCAAUACUGAGGAUACAGAAGUUUACAUAAAGGGUCUCGUGAAGAAAAUAAGACUAUCAGAUUCUUUGCAAACCCGAAGAAAUGGAAAGAAAUACAAACUGAAGCAGAAGCUUCUGGAAACCCUGUUACUCACCGACAUUUCCAUCUUUGGAACCUUUUUUGAAGAUUGUGAAAAUAUAGAGGCAAAAAAUCCAUCGUUUCUUACAUUAUCACAAACUAUGUGGGAACAAAUUUGCCGAAGAGAACCACCACCGAGCUUGCCUUCAUUAGUAAAUGAUUUAGCUCUCGAAUAUUCUUCUGUAAUUAUAUCUUUCUACUCUCAGACUUGGAGUAGUUUCUAG